CUUUACAGAUUAGAGACAGGACCUUGCAUCAAGUGUUAAGUCUUCAAUGGGAUAUGUUCUUCCGUUCAUAGCACAUAACUAGCACAUUGAAGAUUUUCCGGACCUCGAAUUCCAAUUGUGAUUUUUAGGAACAUUAUUUUAUUUUUGCUCAAGGAAAAAAGCUCUGUUGUAGUGCCUCUUGGAUAAUUACGCCACAAUGGUUCCAUGUGGACCCGUUUUAUCGUUUGCCCAGAGUUUGCUUAGAAGAAAAAUUGUAACAUUAGACAGUUUGGAAGACUCCAAGCUAUGCCGCUGCCUUUCCACUGUGGACCUCAUCGCAUUAGGAGUUGGGAGCACUCUUGGCGCAGGGGUUUAUGUCCUUGCCGGAGAAGUAGCGAAAGGAAAUUCUGGACCCAGCAUUGUGGUCUCCUUUCUUAUAGCAGCGUUGGCAUCCGUAAUGGCUGGUCUCUGCUACGCAGAGUUUGGGGCUCGUGUUCCAAAGACUGGAUCUGCUUACUUGUAUACGUAUGUCACUGUUGGUGAACUAUGGGCUUUUAUCACAGGCUGGAAUCUCAUAUUAUCAUAUGUAAUAGGUACUUCAAGUGUUGCAAGAGCUUGGAGUGGGACAUUUGAUGAACUUCUUGGGAAACGCAUUGGCCAAUUCUUCAGUACUUACUUUAGGAUGGAUUCCACCGGCCUUGCUGAAUAUCCAGAUUUUUUUGCAGUUUGCUUAAUUUUGCUUCUGUCAGGACUCUUAUCAUUUGGAGUAAAAGAAUCUGCUUGGGUAAACAAGGUCUUCACGGCCAUCAAUGUCCUGGUUCUUUUAUUUGUGAUGAUUGCUGGGUUUGUGAAAGGAGAUCUCCACAAUUGGAAGAUAUCUGAAACAUUUCUACAGAAUAUUUCUGUUCCUGAAGGAAUGCCGUUCUCUGAUAAUGUAACAAGUUUAUACGGUGUCGGAGGUUUCAUGCCAUAUGGAAUGACGGGGAUGUUGGCUGGAGCUGCUACUUGUUUCUAUGCCUUUGUAGGCUUUGACUGCAUAGCUACAACCGGGGAGGAAGUCCGAAACCCACAGAGAGCUAUACCCAUCGGCAUUGUCACUUCUUUGCUCGUGUGUUUUAUGGCCUAUUUUGGAGUGUCCGCUGCUCUCACUCUCAUGAUGCCUUACUACUUGUUAGAUGAGAAGAGUCCCCUUCCGGUAGCUUUUGAGUACGUUGGUUGGGGCCCUGCAAAAUAUGUAGUAGCUGUUGGAUCUCUCUGCGCCCUUUCGACCAGUCUUCUCGGAUCCAUUUUCCCAAUGCCUCGUGUAAUCUAUGCUAUGGCGGAAGAUGGGUUGCUUUUCAAAUGUCUAGCUAAGAUCAGUCCCAAGACGAAGACUCCGGUAAUUGCCACCCUUUCAUCAGGUGCAGUGGCAGCAAUUAUGGCAUUUCUUUUUGACCUGAAAGCCUUGGUUGACAUGAUGUCCAUCGGUACUCUGCUCGCAUACUCUCUCGUGGCUGCAUGUGUUCUCAUUCUCAGGUACCAACCUGGUCUUGGUUAUGAAAUACCCAAGUGUUCUCCUGAAAAAGAAAUGCUUUCCUUAUCUGAAAGAGAAUCCAUGAUGAACGAGUCCCAGAUUAUUAUCCUGCCUGAACCUGGUUUUAGUUUUAAUGCUCUUGUUUGCACACCAAGUGUGCCAACUGAACAAUCUGCUUCCAUUGUCAGCUUCCUAGUUGGUGUGCUUGCCAUAAUUAUUUGCGGCCUAAGCAUUCUGACAACGUAUGGUGUCAAGGCAAUCGCUAAUUUGGAAGGAUGGAGCCUUGCACUUCUUGCUCUGUUUAUUAUUCUUAUUUGCCUAAUUGUGUCGAUUAUCUGGAGGCAGCCACAGAAUCAGCACAAAGUAGCCUUCAUGGUCCCGUUAUUACCAUUUCUGCCCGUUUUUAGUGUCCUUGUAAAUAUUUACUUGAUGGUACAGUUAAGUGGCGAAACCUGGAUACGGUUCAGCAUCUGGAUGUUACUAGGAUUCCUCAUAUACUUUGCUUAUGGGAUCAGGAACAGUCUUGAAGGCAAACCCAAGAAAAAGGAUGACGACGAAGGUGACUCGGAAAAUAGUGGUACUGAGGAAAAAAAUGCUGAAAAAGGCGAUGAGGAGGACAAUGCAAAAGAAAGUGAUCUUUUUAUAUCCCAUGAAAGGACAAGUGAAUGCUAGUUGAAAGCAGCCCAGAGAGACACAUUAUUGCCUAUCUUCAUAACUGCAUUACCUUAAAAUGUCAUAUGUUUGCUGGUUAAAGGACAAUCGACAAAACAACAGAAAAAGCUCUGCCCUGGAUUUGUCUGCAUCCUUGCAAAAAACACUAUACGUGUAGCUGCAUAUUAUACUACUUAAAGUGAGUGAGAGGUGUUUUAAGGUCUUGCUGCUAACAAAAUCGAAACUGAUUUUAUUUCAGUUUCCAUCGUAUCUAUAUAUGUUAUUCUGCAAUUUUAAUGUUUUUGGUUUUUAGUUUUUAUUUUUUUAGGGAGGCUGUAGUGAAUUAAUAUGAAUGAAAACUGGUAUUUCACCAUAUGUUUAAAAGAAACAUGAAACCAUUUUAUAAAAUAUAGAAAGGCAGCAUGUUACAUUGUUAAGAAUCCCAUUUCUUGGUCCUAUUUGAUAGAACCUUAAUACAAUGAAAACAAUGUGACCUAUUCAGUGUGAAAUCCACACUAAGUGCCAAUAUUAUUUGUCUAUUUUUUUUUUUUUUAAAUCAUAAAACAGAUGUCAAAGUUGCUCAACCAUUCAGUAAUGGUGCAUGUGAGCUAACACUCUAUUAAGUUGCUCCCAACAGGGACUGUGCCACAGGUCAAGCUGUUCAGUGUUAUCAAUUGUCUGUUGCAUGUCUGGUACACAAUACUUUAGAGAAUACGAGUUGGAGAGUUUAUUUUAUCUCCAUGUUCCACUCUUUUAACUAGGUUUUUAAAAUUCAAGGAUUUAUUUUUGCACCCCCC